AUGAGUGAAGAUAAGACAGCACUACUGGAACAGUUUGAAGCUCUGCACGAGCAGCUGAUGAAUUCGCUUACUGAAAUGGAGAAAAUCAGGGAUAUUGAGGUUUGA